CCAAAUUUUCCAAACCAAAAGCCUUCCGCUCUUUAUCUCUCUCGCACUCAGUCUCUCUUCCCAAACCAAACCCAAAUCCUUCUCCUAACUCCAGCCGACUAUCCUCCUCGACACCCUUCCCUCGACUCUCCAACUCUCAAUCGUCCUCCUCCUCAUAGUGCUCACGAGCCAUCACCGCCGUCGACCAACACAACGGCACCACCCAUCAUCUUUCUCAAUGACAUCCCAGAUAACCCAGGCCAUCACCCCCGCUGUCAUCCCUCUAAAAUUUAGUUCUGAAUCUGCUUUAUAUGCUGCAACUGAAAGUGAUAUCAUUGUUGGUGUGAAAGUCAGUCGAAAUGCCACAACUGAAAGUGAUAUCAUUGUUGGUGUGAUGGACACUCGAAUUUGGCCUAAAGCCGAGAGCUUUAAAGAUGAAGGUUUUGGUCCUCCUCCUAAGAAGUGGAAAGGUGUUUGUGAAGGCGGCAAAAAUUUCACCUGCAACAAAAAGAUUGUUGGUGCUCGAUAUUACUUAACCAUAUUUAAUAGUUAUAAGGUUGGUUCUGUGUCAAGUGUAGUACCAUGGAUAUUCACAGUUGCAGCUAGUACCACAUAUCGCCGGAUUGACAGCAUUGUUCUUGCAAACGGAAAGAAACUAGUCGGGCACUCUACGAACACGUUCACAUUAAAUGGAACAAAUUUCCUCUCAUAUAUGGAAAAGAUGCUUCAAGAACAAAUUGCUCUCAAAUGCUAGCUAUUGAAUUUGAAUAACUAUUGAAAUUAUUGAAUUUAGUAUUUCUGUAUUAUAUUGGAGUAAUAAUAGAUUUUCUUUCAGUAACUUUUGGACUUAUAGAAUUUGUAUGCUCUGUUCGGUAUUAGGAUUAUUAGACAGCAGAAGAGCAAACGAGGAUGGGGUUCCUAGUGUUGCAUGAAGUUGAUGUGCAUGAGAUAGACAUCCAUCCUGUCUCCAAUGGAGGACAUAUAUGUUGUACAUUUAUGCAUAAAUAGAGUUGUAAACAUAGUUGUAAAUGUGUAAAGAGUUUUAAACCCAUAAAAAUGAUUGUAAAUAUUGUUGGACAUUUGUGUAAAUAGAGUUGUAAACAUAAUUAUGUGUGUAAAUAGAAUUGUAAACCCGCAGCAUCGCGCGGGCACCUGUGCUUGU